AUGACAUUAAAAACCGAUAACAUUGAAAAAGUUGAAUAUGAAGUCAACUCUACAGAAAUUCAGAAAAGUAAUUCUUCUGAACAAAUCAGCGAUAAUGAGGCUCAAGAAGGUGGUAUCUUUACUUGUGGUGCUGCAUUCUUGAGUGAUGGAUAUCAACAGGGUGUUAUGACCAUGGCUAAUGCUGUUUUAUCAAAAUCUUUUAAAGGAUAUAAUACCAAAUACAAAACAAUGGUUUCAAAUUCUAUCUUGGUGGCUAAUAUAAUUGGUCAAAUUGCUUUUGGGUUCAUUACAGAUCGUGUGGGUAGAAAACAAGCUUUCAUUUAUACCACUGUAUUCAUUAUUGUUGGUGCUAUUGUUUGUGCUUGUGCUUCUGGAUCCACUGAACAACGUUUAUUUUGGAUGUUAAUUAUUGGGAGAGGUAUCUUGGGUUGUGGUGUUGGUGGUGAAUAUCCAACUUCUGCUUCUGCAAGUAUUGAAACAGCAAAUGAGAAAAUGAGUAUCAAAAAUAGAGUUACUCCAUUUAUUAUGUCCACAAAUUUCUUUGUUGCCGCAGGUAUUCCAAUUGCUACAAUUGUAUUUUUAAUUGUUCAUGAGAUUUGGGGACCAAAUCAUUUAAAUGGUAUUUGGAGAACAUGUUUUGCUAUUGGUGCAGUAAUUCCAAUAUCAAUUUUCUAUUUCCGUUGGAAAUUAGAUCAUGCAAAUUCUUAUAAAACUAAUGCUAUCAAGAGAAAAGUUCCGUAUAAAUUGGUUUGGAAAAAAUAUUGGAAAGAAUUUGUCUCUACUGCUGCAAUGUGGUUUUUCAUGGAUAUGAUUGUUUAUCCAAAUAACAUCUUUAGUACUUCCAUCUUGGCUGUUGCAAUUCCAAAAGCAACUUUAAAAAGAACUGGUGAAUGGCAAUUGUUUUUAUCAUCAUUUUCAAUUUUUGGAGUCUUUGCAAGUUGUAUUGGAUUAAGAUUUAUUACAAGAAGACAAGCUAUUAUCUCUGGUUUUAUUGGAUAUGGUAUUAUUAGUUUUAUUGUUGGCGGUGCUUUUGAGAAAUUUUCAGAAAUUCCGGCUUUAUUAAUCAUCUUUUAUGCUUUUUUAAAUAUGAUUAUUAACUUUGGUCCUGCUAGUCUUCAAUCUGUGGUUAGUUCUGAAUCUUUCCCAACAGCCGUUAGAGGUACAAUUUAUGGUAUCUCUGCAGGUAUUGGGAAAGCAGGUGCUGCUGUCGGUACUGAAGUUUUCACGCCAUUACAAGUCAAUUAUGGGAAAAGAUACACUUUCUUUUUAAGUGGUGGUAUUUCGUUUUUAGAUUAUGGUGAUCGUACAUUGGAUUUCCUUGAUGAAGAGUUUAAUCAAUAUUUAAAAGAAAAUGGAUGGGAAGGUUCUAUUGGUGAAAAAGAAAAUGCAAAAGAGCUAUAA